CCCCAGUUGCAGCUCAUCCUCCUGGGCGGGGAGAAGUGGCAGUCUAGUCCUCCCGUAUCCCAGCAGGCAGUGCUGUGUGGAGACUCUGACAAAGGAGCUAGGAGCAGUCGCAGCUGCUUUCCGAGGAGCCGGUGUUGCUGAGAUUGCCAAAAUGUUUUGGAGUUUUUAACUGAAUCUAAGAAAGUCCAAAAUCGAUUUGAGACUGUAAAGACAGAAGCUGCAGCAAGGGGGAUUCAGUGCCAAUGCAUCAACAAAAAAGACAACCAGAGUUAGUGGAAGGAAGCCUUCCUGUUUUUGUGUUUCCCACAGAGCUAAUAUUUUAUGCAGAUGACCAGUCAACACAUAAGCAAGUGUUGACUCUGUACAAUCCCUAUGAGUUUGCCUUAAAGUUCAAAGUUUUGUGUACGACUCCAAAUAAGUAUGUUGUCGUUGAUGCCGCAGGUGCAGUAAAGCCCCAGUGCUGUGUGGAUAUUGUGAUUCGCCAUCGAGAUGUUCGAUCCUGCCACUAUGGUGUGAUAGAUAAGUUCCGCCUCCAAGUUUCGGAGCAAAGCCAGAGGAAGGCUUUAGGGAGGAAAGAGGUCAUCGCCACACUUCUCCCAUCUGCAAAAGAACAACAGAAGGAAGAAGAGGAGAAAAGAAUAAAGGAACAUUUAACCGAAAGUGUAUUUUUUGAGCAGUCGUGUCAACCAGAAAACAGAGCAGUCUCUUCAGGACCUAGUUUGCUAACGGUCUUCCUGGGAGUGGUGUGUAUUGCUGCCCUGAUGCUGCCUACUCUGGGGGAUAUGGACUCGCUGGUGCCUCUCUACCUCCACUUAAGUGUGAAUCAAAAAUUAGUGGCUGCUUAUAUUUUAGGUCUUAUCACAAUGGCUAUACUUAGAACAUGAGCAAGGAUUAAAUCUGACUUCUGAAGUAAAUUUAUCUUAAUAAGAAUGUGGACUGCCUUUUAUCUCUAUUUCACUCCAUUAACACACUACAAAUUAUUGAAUGAUUUCAAAUAACUGCAAAUGUAUAAUAUAUAUUUUCAAUUAGUCUAUAAUUUUAUUUGAAGGACUCUAGCACUUUAUGUUACAGACAACAAAGAUACUUCUGAGUGAUAUCUAGGAAAUUAUUUCAAGGCAUUCUUUUAAAAUCUAUACUUA